GCCCCCACCUAGCCGACCACAUCGCGCUUGCAACUUUCCCAUUAGCAACCGCGCAUCACCCACAGCGUCACAUGAACUGGGAAUCAUGUCGAAACAAUACCUGACCACACACACUGUGGACAAUGCCCACAUAACCGACAUCUUUGGGCUUGCCACAACACAGAGAUCUCUCCUGUCUGCGAGCGGAUCGUCCACUAUUCAUGUUCACAACACAUCAGAUCCCACAGUCCCCAUCACACAGUCCAUCAGCGGCGCGCACAAGCUAGGCUGCCAUCAUAUUUGCACCUCGCGCAAUGGCCUGGUCGCUGCCAGCGCGGGCUUCGCCGGCGAAGUGAAGGUUUGGGUCGUCAACAAGGACACGGGCGAGUGGAAGCUGCAUUCAGAGAUCACGAACCAAGCGGCCAAGGCUGGCGAGGUGUGGGCCAUUGCCCUCAGCGAGGAUGGUAAGUUCCUCGCGGGAACAACCUACGACGGCCGCGUAAAUGUCUGGGACACCGGUGAAGAGGGAACGCCCAAGAUCAGAGAGUAUGAGACGGGUAGCCCGGGCUCGGGAAGUUUUGGCAUGUCAGUCGACUUAAGCCGAGAUGGGAAGUACACCGCGAGUGGCCACGAAAACGGUGCCGUCUACGUAUUCAACAAUGACACCGGACGGCUGUUGUUCUCAUUGCCCAGUUUGGUCAAGUCCGUUCGUGCUGUGGCAUUCUCUCCUGGGAACACGAGACUCGCUGCUGCAGGAGACGCAUCCAUCAUUGCACUCUAUGACAUCAAGAACGGCGAGCAGGUCAGCAACAUGACAGGCCAUGCUUCUUGGAUCACCUCUAUCGACUGGAACGACACCGGCGAAUACGUGCUCAGUGGCGCCAUGGAUGGCAAGGUCAAGGUAUGGUCUGUCGAGCGCAGCGCCUGUGUCGCAACGCACAGUGAGACGGACAAGGCACUGUGGGCUGUCAAGUGGCUUCCGAAGACCGGAAAGAACGAGUCUUUCUGUACGGCGGGCGCUAACCGAAGCAUCUCCUUCUACAGAGAAGCCACUGGAGCAUAGAUGGGAGAAGAAAAGUCACAAUAAGGGUUUUGGGUUUAAAAUACCCUGAGUGCGAGGCAUUUCGCUAUGGCGGAUCCCAAGACAGAUGAUAAAGACAUGCCCAAUGAGCAAUAACGAUGAUGAGGACAGUAUUAAAACAGUGAGAAUAACCGAUAUUAUACCGUA